AUGCUUAACAAAGGUGCUGCAGAAAAGAGAUUUGGAUACCAUCCUUACUGCCAAGGACUUAAGCUUACACAUCUCAGCUUUGCAGAUGGGAAGCGCCAAUCCAUUGAAGGUAUUAUAAAUAUUUUCAACCAUUUUGUUGAGAUGUCGGGUUUACAUAUCAGCGUGGAAAAGACAACAAUCUUUCUCGCUGGUGUACAAGAUACUGAGAAGCAAGAGCUCCUUGACACUUUUGCUUUCGCCCAUGGUGACUUACCAGUGAUAUACCUCGGGUUGCCGCUGUUAACUAAACAAAUGACUGUAAGAAAUUAUGCUCAUUUGAUUGAGAAGAUCAGAGCUCGUAUUGGUUCCUGGACAGCCAGAUUUUUGUCUUUUGCCGGUAGACUGCAGCUGAUUGGAUCUGUUAUUCACAGUCUCACAAACUUUUGGAUAUCAGCAUUUAAAUUGCCAAGAAAGUGUAUUCAAGAGAUUGACAGUCUCUGCGCAGCGUUUCUGUGGUCGGGAGCUGAUAUGAAUACAAAUAAAGCAAAAGUUAGUUGGAAGGAUUACUGUAGGCCAAAAGAAGAAGGAGGCUUGGGACUACGGUCUCUUGAGGAAGCAAACCAGGUCUCUUGUCUGAAGUUGGUAUGGCGUAUCCUAUCUUCAAAAAAUUCUCUUUGGGUGAAAUGGGUGAGACGUUAUCUAAUCCGCAAGGGAUCUUUCUGGACAGUAAAAGAUAGUAGUUCUCUUGGCUCGUGGAUGUGGAAGAAGCUAUUCAAGUACAGAGAAGUUGCUGCUGUAUUUUCGAAGAUGAAAGUUAAGAAUGGCAUGUCAACGUCUUUCUGGUUUGAUGACUGUUGCUACAGUAAUCCAAAGCACAAGAGAAGAAGACACCGAGUGGAGGUUUUUAAUCUCAUCGAGCUGGAGAUUUUGAAGGUUAAACACAGAGGGUUGCAGAGUGAAGAGGAUAUCAGACUAUGGAAGUGUGGUGAUGAUUAUAAACUGAGCUUUACUACCAAAGAAACUUGGAAGCUCUUGCGAGGGAUGCAGGCACGGGUUGACUGGUUCGAAGGUGUGUGGUUUCGCUACAGCACUCCAAGGUUCUCCUUCCACACAUGGGUCGCAAUCCUGGAUAGACUGCCUACUGGAGAUCGCAUAUCGCUAUGGAAUGGUGGCAUUGCGGUUAUGUGUCCGCUGUGCAAGGACUGUCCUGAGACAAGAAACCAUCUGUUUUUUCAGUGUAAAUACUCGGGGGGUGCGGACGAUCCUCACCAGAAAGCUUUUGAGGAUGGAUUAUACCAAUGUGUGGGAUGA